AUUUCAAGAAACCAAGAAGGUCCAGGAGAAAUGGGAAAGGCUGUGCUUAUUCCAAAAGAUGACCAAGAGAAAAUGAAAGAGUUGUUUAAAAUCAAUCAGUUUAAUCUCAUGGCCAGUGACUUGAUUGCCCUUAACCGAAGUCUGCCGGAUGUGAGAUUAGAAGGAUGCAAGACGAAAGUUUACCCUGAUGAACUUCCAAACACAAGUGUAGUCAUUGUAUUCCAUAACGAAGCUUGGAGCACUCUACUUAGAACUGUCUAUAGCGUCAUAAAUCGCUCUCCACACUACCUGCUCUCUGAGGUCAUCUUGGUCGAUGAUGCCAGUGAAAGAGAUUUUCUCAAGUUGACAUUAGAGAACUACGUGAAAACUUUAGAAGUGCCAGUAAAAAUUAUCAGGAUGGAAGAGCGCUCUGGGUUAAUACGUGCCCGUCUCCGAGGAGCAGCUGCUUCAAAAGGACAGGUCAUAACUUUUCUGGAUGCACACUGUGAGUGCACCUUAGGAUGGCUGGAGCCCUUGCUGGCGAGAAUAAAGGAAGACAGGAAAACAGUUGUUUGCCCUAUCAUUGAUGUUAUUAGCGAUGAUACCUUUGAAUACAUGGCUGGGUCAGACAUGACUUAUGGUGGUUUUAAUUGGAAACUAAAUUUCCGAUGGUAUCCUGUUCCUCAAAGAGAAAUGGAUAGGAGAAAAGGAGACAGAACAUUACCUGUCAGGACCCCUACUAUGGCUGGUGGCCUAUUUUCUAUUGACAGAAACUACUUUGAAGAGAUAGGAACUUACGAUGCAGGAAUGGAUAUCUGGGGUGGAGAGAAUCUUGAAAUGUCUUUUAGGAUCUGGCAAUGUGGAGGCUCUUUAGAGAUUGUGACUUGCUCUCACGUCGGUCAUGUUUUUCGAAAGGCAACUCCAUAUACAUUCCCUGGUGGCACUGGCCAUGUCAUUAAUAAGAACAACAGAAGACUGGCAGAAGUUUGGAUGGAUGAAUUUAAAGAUUUCUUCUAUAUCAUAUCUCCAGGUGUUGUCAAAGUGGAUUAUGGAGAUGUGUCAGUCAGAAAAACACUAAGGGAAAAUCUGAAGUGUAAGCCUUUUUCUUGGUACCUAGAAAACAUCUAUCCGGACUCCCAGAUCCCAAGACGUUAUUACUCACUUGGUGAGAUACGAAAUGUUGAAACUAAUCAAUGCCUAGACAACAUGGGCCGCAAAGAAAAUGAAAAAGUGGGUAUAUUCAACUGUCAUGGCAUGGGAGGUAACCAGGUGUUUUCUUAUACUGCUGACAAGGAAAUCAGAACUGAUGACUUGUGCUUGGAUGUAUCCAGACUCAAUGGACCUGUAAUCAUGUUAAAAUGCCACCAUAUGAGAGGAAAUCAGCUAUGGGAAUAUGAUGCUGAGAGACUCACUUUGAGACAUGUUAACAGUAACCAAUGUCUUGAUGAACCUUCUGAGGAAGACAAAAUGGUGCCUACCAUGCAGGAUUGCAGUGGCAGCAGAUCUCAACAAUGGCUGCUGAGGAACAUGACCUUGGGGGCCUGAAGACCAUUUCUCCCAAGAACAUGAAAAUCUACACUUUUGUUUAUCCAUUGUUUCAGUUUGGUGAAAAUCUUAACUUUGCUGAAUUAAAAGUUUUAAAAAUAACUUUAGUAUUCUAAACCACAGUUGUUUAUAAUUCAUUUUUAGGAAUGUUUAUUUCCCUACUAAAAUUUGUAUCUGAUUGAAGAAGCACAUAAAAUAUAAGUAAUAGGAAACUGUUAUUAAAACUUUGAAGUGUUUGAGAAAAAAUAAACACCUUACAUUUGCUUUUAAAAUGUGGUCAUUAGCCUCUUGUCAUAGGGUUAUUUGGUAUGGAUUAUUUUGUGUUGUAAUAAUGAUGGAAAGAGAAAUCAUGUAAUGCCUUAUACUGUACAUUAAUUAUGAAAUAUUACCAAUGAUUUAUAAAAUUCUCUUUUUACACAAUAUUCAUGAAACAAUGGUAAAUUUCUAGGCUAACAAUUGGAGUACAUAUGAAAUCAUUCAUGGGCAUUAAAUUCAUGACACCAAAUAUUCAGUACAAGGGAAAAAAUUAAGUUUACUACUGAAUUUGUAGAAUAUAAAAUCAUGAUGCCAAAUAAAGAACUUAGAUAUUCAAUUUAAAUAAUAAAUUUAAGUCAAAUGAUAAGAGGAGUCAGAUAUGAAGGAGGACAAGAGUAAUAUAAACUCCAAGAAUUGAUGGGAGAGAGUCUUCACUUCCAUAACAACUUGAGGACAGUCUUGCUCUGAGAGCUGAUGGAAGGAUUUAAAUCCAGCAUUCCCCUUUCUCCAUACACUCAGCUGUACCUUUGCCCUUUACUCUAGAUCUGUAGAUGAAGAGUCGCCUUUUAGAUUUAAAUUUUAAACUAUUAUUUAUCACUUUUUUUAGUCAAUGAUGUCAUUGGCAUUUUGUAUUUCACAAAAAGUAUGGUAUUGUCAUAAUUUAUUGCUAUGGUAUAAAAUGUUGAUCACUGGAAAACAAAAUCUAUGACAAUUCAUUAAAGUGAUAUUAAUUAAACUAGGAGACAUAUUUUGGCAUAAAAUAUGACUCAGUCUCAAUUAGGGCAAUUAUAUGUGUUAUUUCAACUUAAAAACGCCUUUGUACACAAUGAAUGAACCGAUGUUAUGAAAAAGAAGAAAAAAAUCAGUGAUGGGAUAUUAGUAAAUUUUUAUAUGUAGCAACAUUUUAAGUGGCCACAUUGUUGUUGUACAUUUAUGUUUUAUUUUUGUGUCUAACAAUUGCAGGAAACCUAUGGGGGUUGAACAAGGAGGAGAUUUUUCUUUUGACCUUUUAUUAAAUUAUAUAGAAAAAGCAUUAAAUGGCUAACUACACCUCCUUUAUCACCCUACCCCUUUCUUUUUCUCUGUCUUUCUCUCCUCUGACUCUGUCUCUAUCUUUGUCAUUCUGUCUCCUUACACACACACACACACACACCUUUAGAAUAAGAAAGAUAAACAUUUUUUUCAAUACCUAAAAAAUCCCAAUUAAUUUCUGUAGCUGGAUUUCCCCUUUGACUGCACACUGUUAGCAUUGUGAAAAGUUUCAACUUGGAAAGUAUCAGGUUUGCUUCUUAAAGUUCAAGAAUCUUUUACUCCAAGAACUUCAGCAAAUUCCUAGAUUUCUCAAAAUUUUAGACAAAAUAUUGAACAUCAUGGCCUUUAUUCCUGGGAUAGACAUAGUUCAUACUAUAUCUAAGAGGAAGGAACCCAUGGCUCUCAAGUGAUAAUGAACCUUAAACUGAUCAAGACCACUCAAGUCAACUGGAACCUGGAACAAACUCUUUCUAUUUUCACUCUUCUUCAAUGUUCUCUUCUGGAUCUGACUCUAAUAGCAUGAAAUACCCCUAUAUGGAGAUUUUCUGAAAAUUAGAAAGUGUAGACUCUCAAGAAUUUGUUAUGUAACAUGCUCCACUUGUGGCAAUCAAAACACAUAGAAAGAGUGGUUGGUAACAUUUUAAAAGAAUAUAAUUACUUAAUGGGAGGUGGAUUUCACCAGCAUUUUAUUAAAUGAAAAUUUCUUAUCGUUACAGUGAAAUACAUGAGAAGAACUCUCAAAGACUCAUCACAUCAUUUGGAUAUGUGCACAUAGUGUCUAAAAAGAAAGAAAUGUGCAGAGAUAUGUGCAGAGAUAGAAUGAUACAAACUAUAAAAUUUGGAAAGAUUUAAGGUUUUAAAAUGUUUGCUUUCAGUAAAGAAAAUUAAAACCUUGAUUGGAAUCACAGUGAGUCACACACACACACACACACACACACACACACACACACACACAAACACACAAUUGAAAUUGAUCUGGGCUAGUAGAUCUUUCUAUUGCUUCAGUCUACAUAUUCCUCUUGGUUUUUCUCAUUAUUACAAAUGAAAUUUUCAUCUUCUGGACACUCAAGUCAAAACUAGAAAUUUUGGAACUGAGGGGUCAUUCACACAGUUGGUAAAGUGCUUCCCCUGACCCUCUGCCUCUAGCAUGAGGAUCUUAACCUGAUUCCAAGAGCCCAGGGAGGUGAAGAAUGUGAAUUUCUCGAGUUUCCUAGCCAGCAAGCUUAGCUUCCUUGGCAAGUUGCAGACUAAAUGACAGACUGUGUCCUUAACAUCAAGUGAUGAAGUCUAUGGUUGACCCCUAGCCUCCACAUGUGUAUGCACACAAACGCUUGUGUAUGCAUGCACAAACAUAAAUAUACCUGUAAAAUAUGUAAAGUCACUUUUGACUUCUUUCUUUUCAAACUUUUUAACCCUGUCUUCCUGUGGCUCACAGUCCACAUGAAACUUCCUGCUGACAAAAUGAACCAGGCCCAAAACCAAAUUUAAACUUGGUCAAAACAUUUUUAGAUAUCUACACUUUUUUGAUAACUGACUGCAUUGUCAUCAAAUGUUGAUUUUAUAGAUGACAUCAUUGUGUUGCAAUAUCGAAAGUUUGGGCAAAUUGAAUCUGAACAUCUGGAAAUUAACUUGAUGCUGUCUUUGGUAUAUAACUAGAAACCCCAUUCACUGUAUGUUAUUAUUUCUGAGCUUCUAAGUCAUAUGCAGUAUGCCUAUAGGUAUGAUACUGCAUUUUUGACAAUUCUUACCCAAUGCUACACUGAUUCCCCUAAUUACAAUAGUCACAUGGAUUCUGUUAAAUAUGAAUUUUUAUAUUUCCUUAAAUAUAAUCUUCCAUUUAAUUUUUGUCUCAUCUAACAACCUUCAUGUCUCUAUAUGCCGAUAAAUACAUUCAACAAAUACACAUGCAUAUAUUCUCUGCAUGUAGAUAUAUUUAUAACAUAUCAUCCACACAUAUGUAUGUGUACAUGUGUAGACAUCUAUGUUUCUUAAUCUCUUACCCUUUUGCCUUUCAUUAUACUGUACUGACUGCCAAGUAUGCUUCUCCUUUAGUGUUGGUUCUAUCUGCCCCAGAAAUGUCAUCCACUUCAUUUCUUUACAUUUCUAUUGAAACAGUGAACACUUGUCCUGUCCAUGAUUCCUUGGUCCUACUUCUGACCAAAAAUAAGUGUCUUCUUUUAUUUACAUCAGUUUCUUCCAGUCUAAUGCUCCGGCACACACUUGGGAAUAGAGUUAUAUUUAUCUAGGUACUUUUUUUGUUUGGUACCAUGGCCACAUCUGUGUAAGGUAAGCACUCUAUCACUGAUCUACACACCCAGUCAUGUAAGCCAUUUUUAUGUCAAGGUCUAUAUCAUUUUUGUCCACUGGCUAUGUUCAGCUUCUUGUAUUAUAUCUUGGCAUAUGCUAAGUACACUUCUUGAAGUAAUGAAAUUGAGAGUGUAUUAAAGUUGGUAAGCAGUGCUGUAUCAUAUAUUUUCAUACUUAAAACUUCAGAUUUCAGUCAUGUCUUUACAAAGAACUUUUAGUGAUUUGUUUCGAAAUGUUAAUUUUUUCCUAAUAUCAUUCAUAUUAAAGUGUGGAAUACAUGUUG